UGAGUUGAGGAGUUGAGGUUAAAGGUUUGCUUAAGUUCAAGUUUGUAGGUUAAGUUUAGAGUUUAGAUUGCUUUAAAGUUUUCCAUUUUCGAAUCAACCCCAAUGAUCUGAUAUAAAUUAUUCAAAGUAAGGAAACUCCAGUGUUCAUUAUCCCUCUGGUAUUUUUCAAGUCAAAUGAGUGUGUCGAAUAUUGUUCAGUAUGUGGUCGUCCGAGGAGACCUCAUCAAAGAGCUGAAAUGGCCUUUGGGGGCUGUUAUAGCUCAAGCGUGCCACGCAGUGACCGCGGUGACUCAUCUGUUCUACCAAGAUGAACACACACAACAGUAUCUCCAAGAUCUGAACAACAUGCACAAAGUGGUGUUGGAAGCUCCUAAUGAAACUAGCCUGAUGGCUCUGAAGGACAAACUCGAGGAGAAUGGUAUAAUGUACAAAUUGUGGAUUGAGCAACCCGAGAAUAUUCCGACAUGUCUGGUGGCAAAGCCUUACCCAAAAGAGGACGUUCAAAAAUAUUUCAAGAAAUGCAAGCUUUUCAAAGACUCCUGAUAUCUUUUUACAGAGUGUUAUGUGAUGGACAGAAAUAUUUCAAAAUAUUGAAGUAUGUUAGGUUAAUAUAAAUAUAAUAUACUUAUUAUGAAUAUUACAAAAUGAUAUAUUUAUACCUAUCUAUUCAAGAAACCAUUAGGAGUUUUUCUUAUUUUUUAAUAAUGUUGUUACAUGAAUUGACUGAAAAUUUGCUAUUUCCGAUUCACAAACCAAAGUGUGUUAAAUAAAAUGGUAAAUUUUUCAA